GCUGAGUGGAAAGAAAUUGCUCUGGUGGUAAGAGACAAAGUGUUCAAAAAGGAUGAACAAGAGGAAAUUGACUUGUUUGAUGUACAGUUUGCCUAUUCUUUACAUUAUUCCUGUAGCUCUAGUUCUGUAUUUACAUAAUAUCAUAAAAGUUGUCAAAACUUAAUUGUGUGUCACAUACUGUAACUUGUAAUUACCCGAGUAAUAAGGUUGUCAAGUCUUAUUGAACUAACCAAAUAAAGAUGUUGUUAUAUGUGCAUGGUUGAUGUAUAGAAUGAUGCACAUUCUUAUUAAUACUCGAUUUUGUUUUUCUAGUGCAAAGAGUGGGGAUUCAUGCUGAAAGAAUUGUUUGGUAGCAGUCUUGCUAUAGGUGAUUAUGGUCACCUGUUAGUAGACCAUGCCACUAUGCUAUUUAGAACAUUCCUUUCAUUCAUCGACUUCACACAACAGGGCUUUGAGGACACACACGUGGAUUGGCACCAAACC